AUGUUCGACGAGAUAAGGAGGAAGGACGGCGCACAGCCGCUUGCAGUUGUGCGUGAGGUGCCGCACAAGGACCAGAGCGGAUGGCAGGCGUACACCCUUUCCGGUGGGGAGAAGACUUGGGCGCCGAUCCGCAUCAAUGUGUCCACGGAGGACAUGAACAAUCCGGCCAAGUACUGCACAAGAGUAGGAGAUGUGCGUCCGGACUUCAUGGGUGGUACGCUGGUUUGUGAAUCCGAAAACAUACUGACAGAUGAGAAGAGAAAGCUCCUUGUGGAACAAACUAUCCCCGCAGCGGUAAAACUUCACACCGAUCGUCUCUCCGUAAAACCUGUGACGACCAGCGUUGUUGUGGAACCGUUGAAGGGAAGCGUGUGCUCCCACUUCACGGUCCCCAAGGGUCACGGCACCAGUGGUGUGUCUGGUGCCGACAUGAUUAUGUACGCUGCCGCAGGGCCGAUCAAUGGGGGUGCCGCAUGGGCUCUCUUGUGUGCUUUGCUGGGAAGCAAGCGACCAUUCGUUGGUGUCGUGAACAUUGAUCCCCGGAGUGCUGUGGCGACGGAUGUGGGUGUCCGUAUGGUUGCCCACGAGAUUGCGCAUGCUCUUGGUUUUGGGUACCCAGAGAUGCAUGGCCUCGGUAUGGUGGCGACCGUCAAAGACGUGCGCGGUAAAAGCUCCGUGCUGGUGGUGUCGUCACCAAAAACGAAGGAGAUGGCGCAGAGGCACUACAACUGCAGUACUAUUGAAGGCAUGGAGCUGGAGGACGAGGGAAAUUACGGCACAAGUGGUUCCCACUGGGAGCGGCGCAACGCGAGAGAUGAGCUGAUGUCUGGUGUUUCGGGUGCGAGUUAUUACACUGCGCUAACAAUGGCAGCGUUCGAGGACAUGAUGUUUUACAAGGCUCGUUGGGGAAUGGAGGAGCAUAUGAGGUGGGGCCACAACUCGGGCUGCAAGCUGUUGGAAGAGAAAUGUUUGGUGAAUGGUGUCACUGCUUAUCCAGAUAUGUUCUGUGACGAGCCCACAUUCAUAUAUCAGCCAGUAUGCACGUUUGAUCGUAUGUUUCUCGGGUUCUGUGGAAUGUACAGGCACGGUCCCAGAUUACCACCACAAUACCGGUACUUCAUGGAUCCUUCAAAGGGUGGUGAUUUGGACCUGAUGGACCUUUGCCCUCAUGUUGUCAACUUCGAUCACAUGGGGUGUACGAACGGAAAUCCUUUGGAAAUGCCUGGAAGCUACAUCGGCCCCAACUCACGUUGUGUGAAGGGCAGGGUUCUUCGAUAUUACCACAUUCCUAUCGGUGAUGUCUGCGUGGACACCCAGUGCAACAAUGGCACAGUGAGCGUGAAGUUUGUCAAGGAGGAAGAGUGGCGCGUGUGCCCUGCGGGAAGCUUACUGAGGCCGAAGAACUCAAUCAUGACUGGAGGCAUUGAGUGCCCCAAGUACGAGGAGGUGUGCCCCUUUGUCCCCAGCAGCAGGGGUGCCGCCCCUGAUGUUGGACCGUCGGAGACGUUGAGAAACGGCGACCAAGCGAUGAGCGGAGAGCUGAGCAGCUCUACUGGCCACAAAUCUUCAGAGCGACGUGAAGCAAGACCUGCUCUCGGCGGGGAUAAAGAGGUAAAGAGCGACACAAGUGAUUUCAAUUCUGCUUCUGAAAUGGCUUCCGCACAGAGUUCGCGGGGCAACUACAUUGUUCAAGCGAAGAGCAAGGGCGACAGUUCGAGUGUUGAUGCACAUGAGGAUACGGGAAUCACCGGCUCUGCUGUCCCCAAAUCCUCGCCUUUGCAUUCACCAGAAUCUGUUGUCACGGGGACUCGCACGGUGGAGCAAGGCACAAAUGCUUUCCGUGAUAAGAAGGGUUUGGGUGGUUUCAGCAGCACCGCCGAUGUGCAGAGCCAGGUGGAUGCGAGUCUGCUGAAAGGUGACGGCAGCGUGGCUGCUGCUGCUGGCCUCGGCCCUCUUGUGCUUCUUGCCGUGGCCGCGGCGGUGGCGGCGCCUGUGUGA